AUCUGAGAUGCACAAUAAUAUCUCAUCUCACCAUCUCCUCUUUCAUGCAACCACAUCAUCUCUUGCUCGGCGCUACUGUUCCAACUCUAUCCAAGAUGCCAGAGCAGCACCACUACCCCGAGAUCAAGCGCGGAGCCUCUCUCCUCCUCGCCUGGCGUCUGGAGGGCAAGAAAGUACUGCUCGUCGGCGGCGGCGCUGUCGCAGCCUCGCGACUCGGCUUCCUCCUCGAGGCGGGCGCACACGUUACGAUCGUCUCUCCUGGUCCCUUGGAGCACUCGCUGGCCCACCGCGUUGCCACUGAACCAGAAUACGUUACGUGGGUCGAGCGGACAUAUGGCCGCCCGGAUGGGCCAGAGACCAAGGCCGAGGACCUCGCCAAGGACAAAGAGCUCCCCGUCACCGACUUUGACAUGGUGUUCACCGCUAUUGAUGACAACCCGCUCUCCCGGGCCGUCUGUGACGCCGCGCGCGCGGCACGUGUGCCAGUCAAUGUCGCCGAUGUGCCGCCCGAGUGCGACUUCUACUUCGGCGCGCAGGUGCGCCGCGGCCCGCUCCAGGUCAUGGUUUCGACGAGCGGCGCUGGGCCCAAGGUCGCCGUCAUCGUGCGCGAUGUCAUUGCCGACGCCAUCCCAGCCGACGUCGAGGACGCCAUUGCAGGUGUGGGCGCACUGCGGAAGGAGUUGCGCGAGCGAGCGCCCGGCGUCGGCGGGGCGCUCAGCAAGCGGCGCAUGCGCUGGAUGAUCGACACUUGCGACGCGUGGAAGCUCUCCGAGAUGGGCGCUAUGAAGAGCCCUGAGGUUCGCCGAAGGCUGCUCGACGACGGGUGGGAGAAGCACCGCAUCCUCUCCGCACACGAUCUCGGCGCAUCAGAGGCGGAGGUUCAGGUUAUUGGGAGCCGGAUAUCGUCGCUUGUGCACAGUGCGGCUUUUUGGCCGAGUGUGUUGAGCUUCGUCGCGGGCGCGGCCGUGGCCUCGGCCUCGUUCAUUGCGGCCGCACGGAGGAAGUAGAAGCCUUCUCAUUAUCACCUUGUAGAGUCUAGUAUAUGUUACAUCUCUCUGAGUUGACAGC